AUGGUGGUCUCAGUUAAUUACCGUAGAGCACCCGAACAUCCUCUGCCAGCUGCAUAUGAGGACUCGUGGGAGGCGCUACAAUGGAUCGCUUCUCAUUCGCGAAGAACCGGUUCAGAGCCGUGGCUAAAUGAGCAUGCUGAUUUACAGAGUGUGUUUUUUGGUGGUGACAGUGCAGGGGCUAAUAUAGCACACAACAUGGCUAUCCGUGUGGGGUCCGAGAAGCCGGAGGGUUAUAACGUGGAAGGAAUUGUGCUAGUGCAUCCGUACUUUUGGGGACGAGAAGCGUUGAGUGGUGAACCUGUGGAGCCUCAGAGCAGAGAUUUUCUAGACAGGCUGUGGAGUUUUGUCAAGCCGAGUACUAGAGGGCUGGAUGACCCGUUGAUCGAUCCGAGUAAGGAUCCGGGUUUAUCGAGCCUGGGAUGCAAGAGAGUGCUGAUAUUUGUGGCGGGGAAAGAUGUUCUGAAGCAGAGGGGAUUGUUUUACAAAGAGGUCCUGGACAAAAGUGGUUGGGGAGGACAAGUUGAAGUUGUUGAGACGAAAGAGGAGGAUCAUGUGUUUCAUUUGUUUAAUCCCACAACAGACAAUGCUGUGUCAUUGGUUAGGUCAGUGGCAUCUUUUGUAAAUGAGUGA